AUGGACGUUUUCCGCAAGCUUGAGCAGGGCAUCGCGGGUCUCUUCGGCUCCGAGGAGGAGAAGCACUCGCACACCCACCAGGACGAGUUGUGCCAUGAGCUCCACGUCGAGCACAAGGACAAUCGUUUCCAGAGCUUUGCGCCGCAGACCUCGGGCCAUGUAAAGUGGCAUGUGGAUGGGUGCUCGUAUUUCUGGGCCGUGUCAGAGGCUCUCGAACAGGCCCAAGAGAGCAUCUACAUUCUGGACUGGUGGCUGUCCCCGGAGUUGUACCUCCGCCGCCCUCCAGCGCAAAACAACAAGUAUCGUCUUGAUCACAUGCUGCAGGCCGCUGCCGAGCGGGGCGUUGAUGUUAGGAUCAUCGUUUUCAAGGAGGUCGAGCAGGCCUUGACAUUGAACUCCGAGCACACCAAGCACCACCUGGAGAGCCUGCACGAGAACAUCAAGGUCUUCCGUCAUCCCGACCACUCUGUUUCCGGGCAGGACAUCAGCGCCGAGUUUAAAACUGCGUUCGCUAACCUGUCUCAUGGUGCCUUCAGCCUGUCGAAGCUGUCCAAGGAUGCGCUGAAGACACUCUACGGAACCAGCGACGAUGUUGUGCUCUUCUGGUCUCACCACGAGAAGCUCUGCGUGGUGGACAGGAAGAUUUCUUUCAUGGGUGGUCUCGAUGCUUGCUACGGUCGCUGGGACACCAACACCCACCCCAUCGCAGAUGCUCAUCCUGGCGAUGUGGAUGCCAUCAUCUUCCCCGGCCAGGACUUCAACAAUGCUCGUAUCUACGACUUCGAGGGCGUUGACAAGUGGGAGCAGAACAAGCUCGACCGUACCAAGUACUCGCGAAUGGGCUGGUCUGAUAUCAGCAUCUCCAUGACCGGACCCAUCGUCAACAGCACAGUACACCACUUCGAAGACAGAUGGAACUACAUCUUUGGCCAAAAGUACAACACGGAUGACCUGAAAGCCAAAUAUCAUAAAUUCGAAGAGGCUAUCCGCCAUGCUCCUCCUGCCGAGGAGCUCAUUGACCACAGUGAACGAGAGGCAGGUGAAAUGUUUGGCGGCCUCCAACGUCACUUCACCAGGCACUUUGGACGUAUCUGGGGUGAAGAGCCUCAGGAGCGUCAUGAAGAUCAUGGAGCGCACAUCCAGAUGUGCCGAAGCUGCACGAACUGGUCCGCUGGAAAGCCUACCGAGCACUCCAUCGCAAACGCGUACAUCGAGGCCAUCACGAACGCUCAGAAGUUUGUGUAUAUCGAGAACCAGUUCUUCAUCACGGCAACGGAUGAUGAGCAGCACCCCGUCUUUAACAAGAUCGGCGCCGCCAUUGUCAACCGCAUCCUCCGCGCCCAUCAGAACGGCGAGGCCUUCCGUGUGAUUGUGGCCAUUCCCGCGGUGCCUGCGUUUGCUGGCGACCUGAAGGCGGACGGCGCACUCGGCACCCGUGCCAUCAUGGAGUUCCAGUACAAGUCCAUCAGCCGAGGCGGGUACUCGAUCAUGGAGAAGCUCUCGCAGGGCGGCAUCGAGGACCCCAGCCGCUACAUCUCCUUUUACAACCUGCGCAACUAUGACCGCCUCAACGUCUCGUCCACCAUGGAGCGGGCGGAGCAGGAGUCGGGCGUGCAGUACGAGGAGGCCCGCCAGGAGUUUGACGAUGCCAUGGAGAGCGGCUACGACGGCCACUCGCGCUACCAUGAGACCCACGGGCGGCUGGGCAGCCAGUACCAGCGGUACCAGGACGCGGCGGCGCGCCAGGACGACCAGACGUGGGACACCAUCUCGGCGGCGUACAUGGCCGAGGGCCCAGACCUGAACUCGAUCCCGUGGCAGGGCGACGAGCAGUCCGAGCUGGACGCCUUCGUGUCGGAGGAGCUGUACAUCCACACCAAGUGCCUGAUCGCCGACGACCGGCUCGUGCUCAUCGGCAGCGCCAACCUGAACGACCGCUCGCAGCUCGGCACGCACGACUCGGAGAUCGCCGUCGUCAUCGAGGACCCGACGCCCGUGCGCUCGCAGAUGAACGGCGAGCCCUGGACCGCGUCCAAGUUCGCCACCAGCCUGCGCCGCCAGCUAUUCCGCAAGCACCUCGGCCUCCUGCCCGACCAGCGCUGGGACCGGCCCGACGCCAACUUCCAGCCCGUGAGCAAGUGCCCCAACGAGUACGACUGGGACUCGCACGCCGACCGCCUGGUCGUCGACCCCAUGAGCGAGGACUUUGACCGCCUGUGGCGCGACACGGCCCGCACCAACACCGAGGUCUUCAGCAAGGCCUUCCACAACGUGCCCAACAACGUCGUCCGCACCUGGGACGACUACGACAACUUCUUUAGCAAGUACUUUAUCAUCCCCGGGUCCGACGAGGAGAAGGCCCUCAAGGAGGGCGACGGCGACGAGGAGGAGAAGGCCAAGCUGGCCGCCAAGGUUCCCUACGGCCACAUCGUCCGGGAGGAGUUCCCGGGUGGUGUCCAGGAGGUGAAGGAGUGGCUCGGCCGGGUCAGGGGCACGCUGGUGGAAAUGCCGCUGGACUUCUUGGCCGAUGUCAAGGACAUCGCCAAGUCUGGCCUGGAGCUUAACGGCUUCACGGAUGAGAUCUACACUUAA